UUUACAUGCUUCAUUUAUAAACAGCUGUGAAGCUUCAAUAUUGGCCCGAAGGAGCACGGAUUGCGAAGGAGUACUGCUUGCAGAAUAAUGAAUUAUUCCCCGAAAAAUUUGUUAGUGUUCAUUUGCUUAACUUUUAUUACAGUCUGUAAUGCAGAAGACAUUUUGGGUUGUGGAGGAUUUGUUAAAAGUGACUUAGAUAUUAAUUUUUCUCAGGUAGAAGUAAAAUUGUAUACCAAGCAAGGAAGCUUAAAGGACCAUACUGAUUGUGCACCAAACAAUGGCUAUUAUUUUCUACCACUGUAUGAUAAAGGAGAGUAUGUCUUGAAGAUUGAGCCCCCUGCAGGAUGGAGCUUUGAGCCAAAGGAAGUAAUUUUGAAUGUGGAUGGAAUCACUGAUCAAUGCAGCCAAGGAAAAGAUAUCAACUUUGUGUUUAUGGGCUUUGCUAUAACAGGGAAAGUUAUCAGUGCUGGUAGCCAGGAUGGACCAAAAGGGGUGAAGGUUACCUUGUUUUCUGAUAAUCAUCAGGAAUCACUUCCAAUACAAGAUACCUUGACAUCAGAAAAUGGUGACUUUCAUUUCACACCCGUACUGCCAAGGAAAUAUUUGGUCAAAGCUUCUCACCCCACAUGGAAACUCAGCAAGGAUUCAGUGGUGAUUCAUCUUAGCAAGGAAAAUGCCAACAUCCCUCCCAACAGUCUGGUUGUUGUAGGUUAUGAUGUUUCUGGUUUGGUUACCAGUGAUAAGGAACCCAUCAAAGGAGUUAGUUUUGUCUUAUUUCAAGCCACAGGGUCUGCUCCAGUGACUGGCAUCCAAGGUUGUGAUAAGAUUCCACUUAAAGGCUUCAAGACAAGUGGACCGUCACCUUUGUGUCAUGUUAUCUCCAAUGAAAAGGGGCAGUUCACUUUUCCUUCAAUACCACCAGGCUCAUAUAAAUUAGUUCCACAUUAUGAGGGACCUCACAGCAUCAAAUUUGAUGUCAAGCCUGUUGAAAUUGACUUCACAGUAGAACAUGAGAGUCUUAAAAUUGCUACCGAGUUUGAAGUAGAGGGCUUCAGUGUAAGUGGGCGAGUGGUGCUGCAGGCAGGAGGGAAGGGAAUUGAGGGAGCCAUUGUGUUGCUUGUUGGAAAGACAAGCAGUGUGACCAAAGAAGAUGGAAGCUACCAUUUAGAGAACCUGCAAGCUGGUUCAUAUAUACUGCAAGUACAAGCACGUGAUAUGAAAUUCCCUGAAAUAAAUGUGAAGAUAUCACCAAACACUCCACAGUUGGUGGAUAUUUUUCCAACUUCAUUCAAAGUAUGUGGCCAUGUGGCACCUCAUAAACUGAAAUCAGGAAGUACUGAAAAACGACCAAGCUUUGUUGUGCUCUCAAAGGAGGGAAGCACUAGUGAACCAAUAAUUGUUGAAGCAGAACAAGACACUGGUGAAUUUUGUGUAUUUUUGGGGCCUGGUAAAUACGAGGGAAGAGUGAAGGUUACAGGCCUGGAGAGGACCAUGGGUUUGCAGUUUUUCCCUGCAGUACAUGUGAUAGAAGUACUGGAUAGUCCUAUAUUAACUGGCAUAGAAUUUUCACAGCUGAAAGUAACACUUUCAGGUCAGAUAUCCUGUUUGGCUGGAGGCAGUAACUGUGGUCAGAUUCCUGUCCACCUGCAGGCAGUUUCAGGUGACAACAAUGACGCCCAUGCUCCAGUGGCUGUUGUUGUUUCAAAAGAUGGGAGCUAUAUAUUUGAGGAAAUCUUGCCAGGAAAGUAUAAGGUGUCUAUAGACAAGGAUGAGUGGUGUUGGGAAUCAUCUAGUCACACUGUGUCUGUUAGUACAGCAGAGUCUACCGUCCUGCCGUUCAAACAAGUCGGGUACACUGUCACCUUCAUAUCAAGCCAUGAGACUGAGGUGCAGUAUAAAUUACUAUCCUCUGAUAACUCACCUACAACUGGUCGUAACUUCAGAGUGAAGAGAGGAACUGUGAAAUCAUGUGUUUCUCAAGCUGGAACCUAUGAAUUCACACCAGUUGGCUGUCACGGGUACCCACAGACAUCUGUAAGAUGGAACUCUAUGGCUGCAGCAAAUUCUUCUGUUCAACUCAUGGCUGUUGCACAUACCAUGGGUGGGAGAGUUCUCUCAACUGAAAAUGUCAAGGAUAUAUUUAUUAAUGUGCUGUCAAGUGAAGAUCAAAAAUUAAAGGCAAGGCUGGGACCUUUAACUCCUGUGCCAAAAUCUGAUGGGAUGCUAAUGUAUAACUUUGAAUUAAUGGUUAUGGAGGGCGAGAGCUUGGUACUGGAGCCCACAGCGGCAGUACUGCUGUUCAAUCCUCCAAGAGGCUUGUUGGUUGGUGCAAAUGAUUGUGUCAGCACAGCUGUGGAGUUGUAUGCAGAGAAGGGACAGCUUGUGGAAGGUCAAGUCAUUCCACCAUCUGCUGGAAUCAAGGUCACAGUCACUAAGGGAUCCAGUGAUGAGGUUGUAGUUGUGACUGAAACUGCUGAAGAUGGAAAGUUUAAGAUUGGUCCUCUGCAAGGAGGGGUGGAUUACAGGGUAAAAGCAGAAAAGGAAGGCUUUGUUCUAACAGGACCAGAUACAAAUGGAAAUUUCAAUGCCCAAAAGUUGGCUGAAGUAAUUGUUGAAGUUAUAGAUAAAGCUGAUGGCCAACCGCUGCAAGGCGUUUUAUUAUCACUGUCUGGUGGCGAAAGUUUCCGUCGUAACAGUCAGACAGGAGCAGAUGGUAAGAUGACAUUCAAUUCUUUAAGCCCAAGUGAAUACUUCUUGCGACCUAUGUUGAAGGAAUAUCGGUUUGAGCCUCAUUCUAAGAUGAUUGAAGUGGAAGAAGGGGCUACUGUCAAUGUGCAAUUAAAUGGACAUCGAGUGGCUUAUAGUGCAUAUGGGGUGGUGACUUCACUGAACGGUGAGCCAGAAAAAGGUGUUGUUGUAGAGGCAGUAGGACAAGACAAAUGCUCCCACUUCCAGCAAGAGAGCAGCACUGAGCCAAAUGGACAGUUCCGUAUCCGAGGUCUGCAACCGGAGUGCAUUUAUGUUGUCCAUGUGAAGAAUGGCUCAGAGAUCAACCGGAAUAUCCUACGAUCAACACCAGAUGGUAUCCCUGUGAAGGCAGCUGAUGGUGAUGUAACAGGCCUGAGGCUCAUUGUAUUCCAUCCAUUACAUCAAAUGGAUUUAACGGUACAAGUACAGGCAACAAAUGCAGAACAUUUACGGACACUUCGUACAAAACUUUGCCGAGAGGACGCACCCGAUUCUCCAGUUCACACCAUAAAACUGAACUCCCCAAGCAAAAAAUCACCAUCUACCAUAGACACCAACAUCGCAGUGCUCGUCUUCCCUUCACUUCCUGCAGAUGGACAAGGAUAUUUCAUUCAGCUUGAGUCCACUCUACCACAAUCAACUCACUCAUAUAAAACUCAUGCUGUUCAUUUCAAAGCUAAUGUUUCAUUUAGACUGGUUAAACUCUUGUUCAAACCAGAACUAAAGAUUCUGGAGCAAGAAUUAGGACAUUCUUCAUAUCUCGCACUUCCAUUGAUGAUAAUUGGACUUGUCGUUUAUUUAAAUCAGCAAAAAGUAUUGCCCUUUCUUAAUUGGAUUGCACAGUCUCUGAGCAAUUCAUUAACAACAGGUGUCAACAGCAGUAGAGUGACUAAUCCAACUUCCGAUCACAGUGCUGCGGAUGCAGUUAUGGUUGAACCAGUUAUAAAUGUAACAAAACGAAAACUGAAACCCAGGAAAACUUAAAGAGUAGCCUUUGAAUUUAUUAGUGUCUAAAGAAUGGGACUGAUUGAUGUAAAAUAAAAGCACUCAAGAGGCACAGCCAGUCAUAUCCAUUGUGCAUGUAUCACUCCAAAUUUUUCUUUCCUUUUAUAUUCAUUACAGUGUUAGUAAUGAUUACAGAAUACACCAAUGUCAAACAUUGAUUUUGAGUUGGUAAUAGUGUGUCAAUUAACAUCAUACUUACUUCAUAGUCAGUCAUUACUUCAAUGGUAAUGUAAAUUAGCUGUCGUAUUGUAUAACAUACAUUAUUUGUAUGAAUGUAGAGAAAUUUAAAGAAUUAUAUGUUUUUUCUACAUACUUCCUGUUACAGUAUUUUGAUCUUUCUAGCCUCCAUCUGCCUGACAAGGAUGAAUGAAAAAAAUUAUAAGUGAAAUUACAAACCAAGGUGACAAUUUACAUUGGAUACCUUAACAUGAAAUGCAAGUCACUGUUGGAAGGUGCUGAUAUUCUCUUUCACAAACUUGGAUUAUUUUAUUAUUAAAUUACCAUGCAAGUAAAAUACGCAAAUGUUCCUGGGCUGAAAUGUCAGUAGUUUAUGUCAUCCCAUCUACACUUCAGUUUUAAAAAUUAUUUAUUCCAUUAACAAUUGUUAGCAUAUUUUAAUGUCACUUCAGACUAUGUUAAAAUAUGCUUAUUAAAACUUUUUGAUGUCUUAGAAAUCCACUGAAGGUAGGACAGGAACAUUUAGCAACAUGUUCAUCUCCAAUUUUAGGGUUGAACUGUGUAACACUGGAUAUAAAAGGUAAUAAGUUAUGGGAAUUAACUAUACAUGGAAAAGCUUUUUCCUCGUGUGUGGUCCCAAAAUAACAAGACUUCCAGCUUCACCUUGCGUGCAGGCUUAUU